AUGAAACAAUCUGUCAUUGAUCAUAUACAAUCUUGUGUUGUUUGUCAAGCAUAUAAUACUAGUCAACAAAAACGCCUCGGAUUUCUUCAUCCAGUUCCACCACCCGUUGGUCCCAAUCAAUUAAUUGGAAUAGAUUUUUGCGGUCCAUUCCCCACAACACCAAAUGAUAAUAAAUAUGUUUUAUGUUUAACCGAUUAUUUCACCAAAUCAGUAACAGCUAUACCAUUACCAGUAUGCUCCGCACAAGUAACAGCUGAAGCUAUAUUUAAAGAUUAUAUUUGUCGUUACGGUGCACCUAAAUCAAUUAUCUCCGAUCAAGGUACCAGUUUCAAAAAUCAAUUAAUGUUUGCGCUUUCACAAUUACUUGGAUAUAAUCAUAUUCUGUGCACUCCUUAUCACCCGCAAUCAAAUGGACAAGUAGAACGUUGUUAUGGAACAUUUGUUGGUCAAAUUGCUAAAUGA